UCUUCCCCUUUCCCACUCUUGUUUCCUCUCUCUCUCUCUCUCCCCCCACCCCCGACCCCCGACCCCCCGUUUCCAGUUCCGUGGAGCAUUUCCCGGGACCUGCCAGCAUGUCUGCGUUCAAGGGGGGGCUACUCUUCCUUUCCUGCCUGCUGCUGCUGGUCCUGGGACAAGCCGUGGAUUUUACAGAUUACAGCGACCUCCUGCAAGAGGAAGAGGAGGAAGAGACAAUUGAGUAUAAAGACCCCUGCAAAGCUGCUGCCUUUAUAGGAGAUAUCGCCUUGGAUGAGGAGGACCUGAAGUUGUUCCAGGUGGACAGAAUUGUGGACCUCACAAGGCAUAAAGUUGAAAGAACUGCUACGAAUAUUUCAGGGAAAGAUGCAAACAGCACCAACAUCCGACCUGGAAGGCAGCAGAGGAGACGAUGGAAACAAGGCUGGGGAAGGCCUCGGAGUCGGCGAGCGGCCACUUCCCGGCCCGAGAGGGUGUGGCCAGAUGGAGUAAUUCCAUACGUGAUCACCGGAAACUUCAGUGGCAUUCAGCGAGCUAUUUUUCGACAGGCCAUGCGUCAUUGGGAGAAAUACACUUGUGUGACCUUCUUGGAACGAAGCGAUGAGGAUAGCUACAUUGUGUUUACAUACAGGCCAUGUGGGUGCUGUUCCUAUGUGGGACGCAGAGGUGGGGGACCCCAGGCCAUAUCUAUCGGGAAAAACUGUGACAAAUUUGGCAUUGUGGUGCACGAGCUGGGCCACGUCAUUGGGUUUUGGCAUGAACACACACGCCCAGACCGGGAUGCUCAUGUGUCCAUCUUUCGUGAAAAUAUCCAGCCAGGGCAGGAGUACAACUUCCUGAAGAUGGAACCUGAAGAAGUGGAGUCCUUGGGCGAAACAUACGAUUUCGACAGCAUCAUGCACUACGCCAGAAACACCUUUUCCAAGGGGAUCUUCCUGGACACCAUUCUUCCCAAAUAUAAUGUGAAUGGGAUGCAGCCCUCCAUUGGACAGAGGACCCGGCUGAGCAAAGGAGAUAUUGCCCAGGCACGCAAACUCUACAAAUGCCCUACUUGUGGAGAAACACUGCAAGACAGUCAAGGGAAUUUCUCCUCACCUGACUUCCCCAAUGGAUACUCUUCUCACAAGCAUUGCAUCUGGAGGAUAUCAGUCACGCCAGGGGAAAAGAUCAUUCUGAACUUUACAACCCUGGAUCUGUACCGCAGUCGGCUAUGUUGGUAUGACUACGUGGAGGUGAGAGAUGGAUUCUGGAAGAAAGCUCCCCUGCGAGGUAGAUUCUGUGGAAAUAAACUUCCGGACUCAAUUAUCUCUACCGACAGCCGUCUUUGGAUCGAAUUCCUCAGCAGCAGUAACUGGGUUGGCAAAGGGUUCUUUGCCGUCUAUGAAGCCAUCUGUGGAGGAGACAUGAAGAAAGACAAGGGGCAUAUCCAGUCUCCCAACUACCCUGAUGACUAUCGACCCAAUAAAUUGUGUACUUGGAAGAUUACUGUUUCGGAAGGAUACCACGUCGGGCUCAACUUCCUGUCCUUUGAGAUUGAGCGCCACGACAAUUGUGCUUAUGACUAUCUGGAGAUCCGGGAUGGCAGUUCAGAGUCAGACCCUGUGAUUGGAAGGUAUUGUGGUUAUGACAAGCCCGACGAUAUUAAGAGCACCUCCAAUAAGUUAUGGAUGAGGUUUGUGUCCGAUGGAUCCAUCAACAAGGCUGGCUUUGCAGUCAAAUACUUCCAAGAAGUGGAUGAGUGCUCACGACCAAACAAUGGUGGAUGCGAACAGCAUUGUGUGAAUACCCUGGGUAGCUACAAGUGUGCCUGUGAACCUGGCUAUGAGUUGGCUCCCGACAAACGCAAGUGUGAAGCUGCUUGUGGCGGGUUCCUCACCAAACUCAAUGGCUCCAUCACGAGCCCUGGAUGGCCGAAGGAAUAUCCACCCAACAAGAACUGUAUCUGGCAGCUGGUGGCGCCCACCCAGUAUCGCAUAUCCCUGCUAUUCGACUACUUUGAGACAGAAGGCAAUGACGUGUGCAAGUAUGACUUUGUGGAAGUGCGCAGCGGCCUCACUUCUGAAGCCAAGCUCCACGGGAAGUUUUGUGGAGCAGAGAAACCCGAGGUAAUCACCUCCCAGUACAACAACAUGCGCAUUGAGUUCAAGUCUGACAACACCGUUUCCAAGAAAGGCUUCCAAGCUCACUUCUUCUCAGAAAAGGUUCAGCAGCCCAAAAUGCGUCCUGGCUUGAAAUUUCGCCUGAAGAAGCGCACAAAAGUCUAAGAAUGAACUCGGCUUCCCCUUCUGUUUGUUUCUCAGGAACUCCAGAGGAACCAAAUCGCCCGUGUUCCUCCUUCCUCACGCACAGCGAGCGCCUCCUUCUCUCUGUUCCGUGUUAAAAAAAAGCAUGGAGCAUUUAGUACUAUCGAGAGAAAGGGCCAACGUUCAACUCUCUGGCCGUGCUCCUCCAAGUCUUACUUGACUGAACUGAUAGCUAUUUUUAAAAUAAUUAAUUAAUU